GCAGAGCGCGGCUCAGCGGCAGCAGCGUCUCUUGACUCGGGACGCGCAGAGAGCAGCGGCUCCCCAUCCUGACCUGCUACCCACAACACGGGCACGGGCAGGGGGGACAACCACAACUUUGACUCCUUUUGUGGAUCCGAGGAACAACACAGACCCACACAACGCAAAUGUUUUACUUAUUUUUCAUUUAUUUUUGAAUGAGUAAGAUACUUUAGACAUGUCUUCAUCCGUGAGCGGCACAGAAGAGGUCCGGGUGUCCGUGUUGACGCCCCUGAAGUUGGUGGGACUGGUGUGCGUCUUUCUUGCCCUGUGCCUGGAUGUCGGGGCCGUGUUGAGCCCAGCGUGGGUCACUGCGGACGACCAGUACUACCUGUCCAUGUGGGUGUCCUGCUGGAAGCCCGUCAGCUCCGCGGAGUGGUCCUGCAACAGCACGCUGGCCACUGACUGGCAAAUUGCCAUGCUGGCCUUGCUGUUGGGGGGUGCGGCCCUCACCCUGAUCUCCUUUCUGGUGGCGCUGAUCUCCCUGUGCUCCAGCUCCAGGAGUCGCUGCUACAAGGCUGUGUCUAUCAUGCUGUUCUCUGCAGUGUUGCUCCAGCUGUGCAGCUUGGUCCUGUUCCCCAUCAAGUUCAUCGAGACGGUCAGUCUGAGGGUGUACCACGAGUUUAACUGGGGCUACGGCCUGGCCUGGGGAUCCACCAUCUUCUCUUUUGGAGGCGCCAUCCUCUAUUGCCUCAACCCCAAGAACUAUGAAGACUACUAUUAAAAUAUGUUUAAAGAAAGAGAAACUGAGACUCUGCUUCAACCCGAUGUCCUCUCAGCAAUAUGAACUCUCGUCUGUUACACAGUGCACAACCACAGACUAGAAAAAGAAGAAAUACAAAUGCUUAUUGUUAGUUUCAGGACUGGAAAUGAGCUCUUUCACUUGAUACUGUGAACUAAUUGUCCAAAAGACUACCCUCACUCAUUGAACCGAAGCCUCGUGCUUUCUCAGAAGGUUUGGCAGCAGACCUGACUGAAAAAAGAAAUCUAACCCAGCCUGUGUAAUUUGGGAGAGAAUGUCAGCACUUGCAUAACUCUGCUUCCCCUUUAAGGUGAACUCCAGUGGGUCUCAGAUUUGGGCAGAAAAUCUGAAAGAAGCAGAUGGAGUCACUGCCCCCAUGCCAUGAGGAAUGGGUGGAAUAAUUAACCAAGCAGAGCAGAGAAUGAUGUAAACAGGGUCCAAUCAGGGAAGCCAGGGUACCAUGGAGGAACAUAUCCUAUUUAAGUCAUAUCAUGAGAAGUAGGAAACACAGGGCACACCUAAGGAAGUGCUACAUUUCUCCAGAGAUAAACCACAACUGGAAAGAGUGGCUUUAAGUUCUCUUGUCCUUUUGAGUCUAUUAAAAGCCUCAGAGGCGCUGCUUAUAAACAGAAGCUACCUAACACAGUGAAAACAGUCCACAGCCACCCUCCAAAUGAUAACAUACUGGUGAGAGGAACAUGUACUGGUUAAUGAAUAGCACAGCCUUUCACAUGUAAACAGUGGGGGAACCUUUGGCAGCCAAUGUAAACCUGCAGCCUAAAGCAAGUCAUACCUGCUUUUUGAUAACACCAGGUUGUAUUAUAUGUAAUAAUAAGCAUAAUAUUCUCAUUACAAGGAGACCAGUGGCAAGAUGAUGGCAAAUGAACGUGUCUGCCGAGUGUGUGCGCAUGUCUGCAUGAACAUACCACCCAGCAUGCCCUGCUCACACACCUCCCCAUGUGAUGCCUCCUUAUCUUCACCCCCUGUAGGGAAUGGGAAUGCUCUCACUAGAAGAGGCAGUAAAUACACAACACAUUUCAUACAGGGAGAUGCUGUAGUAUAAAAUCAUUCUAGUUCCUCAAAAGUAAGUACACUUAGUUUUUGCAUCUAAAUUAAAGUCCAUGAUAAAGUACUUUAAGAGAUGACCGAGUGUGCUGGUCCUGCACUGGUAAUAACAUAGCUUUUCAAACCUCAUUCAAGUUCUCCAACCCCCUCUUGCAACAUUAGUGCAAUGAGUGAGUGUGUGCAUUCCCCUACCAUUAGCUGCUGUGUUUCUGAUUCCCACUGGUUUGAUUACUUGCAUAAUAAACAUGUACUGAAAAAA